AUGGCAGAUCUUCCUGCAGACAGGUUGUCUGUAGAUCCUCCAUUCACACACACCGGGCUGGAUGUGUUUGGCCCAUGGAGUGUUGUGGCACAUCGAACAAGAGGAAGCAGUGUUGAAAACAAAAGAUGGGCUGUCAUAUUCAGCUGUUUAAGCACCGGAGCAGUUCACCUGGAGGUGAUAGAGGCAAUGUCAGCUUCAAGUUUCAUAAAUGCUUUGCGCCGCUUCUUGGCUAUCAGAGGGCCAGUUCAACAUCUGCGUUCAGACAGAGGGACAAACUUCAUCGGCGCCUGUGGGGAACUGCAAAUCAACACAGAGGACACAGAGAUCAAAAACUUCAUGCUAGAUCAAGGCUGCACCUGGUCAUUUAAUGCACCACACUCAUCGCACAUGGGAGGAGCUUGGGAAAGGGUGGUUGGGGUUGCACGCCGUAUCCUCGACGGUCUCCUGAUGAAAGAGAGUGUCACAAGACUCACACAUGAGGUUCUGACUACACUAAUGGCUGAAGUCAUGGCCAUCAUGAACUCUCGACCUUUGACUCCCAUCUCAACAGAUGCAGAAAUGCCUCAGGUUCUCUCACCAGCAUUGCUUUUGACUCAAAAAGCCAGUGUUGCACCUGCUCCACCAGGAGACUGACCUGGUGGACUUGACCACCUACACAAAAGCCAGUGGCGUCAGGUCCAGAGCCUAGCAGACUGCUUCUGGAAAAGAUGGAGGCAGGAGUACUUGGCCACACUGCAGCCUAGGAGGAAGUGGACAGAGGUCAGACCGAAUCUUCAGGAAGGUGACGUCGUCCUGCUUAAAGACUGUCAGGUGAAACGCAAUGAAUGGCCAGUUGGGCUCAUCACAAAGACCAUGCCAAGCAGUGACAGAGUCGAUGCCGAAUGUCAUUGUGGGUCUCCCUCAUAAUUUUACGGAUAGAUGGAGCUCUAUCAGUAGUGACGACACCGACAUCCACACCCAUGGUCAGGAGAUGAUCAAGGCCUCUUUUGAAUCCCAUCGCUUCCAUGGCUACUGAGCUGGAAGCCUCCGUAACCUAUGGAAUAAAAUGUUCAGAGUUGACUGACCAUAAAUGCUGUGAAGCAAUCAAAUACCCACACCUUUUUGUUGAUUAUUUAAUUUAUUAAAUGAUUUAUGCAUGCUGGUUUACCUGAACUAAUUCAAAGUGGACGAUCUCCUUUGUGGCAUCAUUCAUAAAGGAGUAAGUAGAAUACUUCGCACUGAAACCUAUAACAAAAAAGUAUUGACAUGAAUACAGAUGAAUGCAAAUUAAUAUAAAUGUUUUUCUAAAGUUUACACACAUUACUCUAAAUGCUUACCAGGGCUGUCGCACCGCGCAUCUCCAGCCAAGGCAAUUUUUUCUUCUGUGUCAGUGAAUUGUUUCAGGCGUACAAUUACACGGCCCUGCUGAUUUUGGUACGCAUGGUUGAUGACUGGGAUGAGAUACUUCGACUGUACAGCGUAGAACUGAUUUUUGCCAGGGAUUUGGAGGUUUAGAAAAAAUGCCCCCUCUCUUAUAUCGGUAUAAGUGGCUCCGGUGAAUAAUAUGGCAGCAGAGGUGAGUAAAUUAUUUCUGCUCAUCUUGCUCUGGUCUGGGCAUGAUUGCCAUAAACCCUUGUGUCCUUUCAGGCAGGUCCAGCGUAUUUUUAAUUGGCUACCAUGUUUGGUCCAUUUCCUCUCUUCCAUGGGCAUUCCACAAUGGCAGCAAGUUUGAAACAUUUACAUUAUGCUCGAUUCAUCCACUAUCCAUUUUCUCUCU